AUGUUGAUUCAGUGUCUUUUAGCUAUUGUUCUGGCAUUCCAUGCAUGUCUGGCCGUCUCUUUCGGCCUGAAAUCCAGGAUCACAGAUGGUGAGAAUGCCAUACCAGGAGAAUUCUCUUAUCAGGUCUCUCUUCAAUGGGGUUUGCCACCCUUAAUCCGUUUUAACCACAUUUGUGGUGGUUCGAUUGUACACGAGAGUUUUGUUUUAACUGCGGGACAUUGCAUUAUGACACAAGGCGAACUUAAGGUCAUCGUUGGCAAGUAUCAUCUUUUUGAAGAUGAGGAAGCUCAGCAAGAAGUUGAGGUUGCUAAGAUUUAUGUGCACGAAAAUUAUCCAGGAGGUGUUGCACCAUACGACAUCGCUCUUCUGAAACUUAAAACUCCUCUCACUUUUAACAAGUGGGUAUCCGCUGUCAAAUUACCUGAACAAGACGAGGUACAAGUUGGAAAUGCUGUACUGUCUGGAUGGGGCUCCGUCUCUAAGACAUGGAUACAGAGGAUUCCCAACGUUCUCCAAAAAGUUACUGUUCCAUUAUUGAACAGUAAAUCUUGUCAAGAUGAGUUCUCGGAAAGUCUUGAAGCACCGCAACUUUACGAUUCACAAAUCUGCACUGCCGCUAUUGAUGAAAUAUCAACUUGUUCUGGUGACUCUGGCGGCCCAUUGGUUCAGUUUGAAAACAACGUUCCCACUUUAGUUGGAAUCACUUCAUGGGGAGUCUACCCGUGCGGUAUCAGUCACAUGCCUUCGGUCUACACUCGCGUAGCUUCUUACACUAUUUGGAUCAAAACGAUAAUAUGGAUUGUUAGUAAUAAUUAA